CCAUAACAAAUUUACUUUAAUCGAGAUUAGAGGUAGAUAAGGCAUAAAAUAAGAGCAGGAGAUGAAAAUUUUGUGUGCGAUCAAAAUGGUACCUUGAGACUGAAUCGAGGGAAGGCAAAUCGUGACAACCACUUGUCUGCCGUUGAUUAUGUGAAGACUCUGACUGUCGAGCCACUGGUUUUUCACAACCUAUGGGAGCCCCACAAUCCUAAUCUUUCAUCAUCGGAGAAAACCCGAUUCUGAUACUCCCCAAGAUCGCCUCGGAACUCAAAGGCACAGCACCAGACACCACUAGAAUUGUGGACAUUGGGGGCAGCAAUGACAAGCCCACAAAAUCAUCUGGAUGCUUCCGCUACCAGUAUUAACAGUAAUCUGAACAAAUUGCUAGAUGGGAGAAUCGAAAGAGUGCGGGUAGUAGCCGGGAUAGGUGGUGUAGCUAGCAAUCGGAGAGGGGGUGGAAGUGGCAGGGCAGUGAAUCGUUUGGUUUUUAAAAGGGAGGAACUGUCAGCAGCUGUGCUUUGCAGUCUCAUUAAUAAUGAUGCGUUGGACACUUUUAAGGCUAUGGCUUGUAACAUCUUCAAUAAGGAUAGGGCUCUAAGGUGGAUAAGUUGGCAACCGCCUGACUCACCUUUUUGCAAAUUAAAUACAGAUGGCUCUAGAGAGCAAGUUUCUGGGUUGGCGAGUGCAGGGGGAGUUCUUCGGGAUUCAGCAGGGGGAGUUCUUUGGGGUUCAACAGGUGCUUUUAUAAAAGGCUUUUCUGUGAACAUUGGACAGGCUUCCAUUUUCCUAGCUGAGUUAUGGGGAUGUCGAGAAGGUUUGAUCUUGUGUAAAGCCUUAAAGGUUAGUCACCUAGUUGUAGAAAUGGACUACCUUGCUGCAGUUCGGGUUAUUGAAGGCACCAAGGACAAUGACAGCUUAGCAGCUAUACUAGUAGCUGACAUUCGCCGGUUAAGUAAUGAAUUCACUUCAUUUGUCAUUCAACACACACCUCGGGAGGGUAAUUUUGCUGCUGAUUUCCUUGCAGGAAUUGGGCGUAGUUUACCAGUAGGAACCACCAUUUUUGAUUUUCCACCGCCUGGCCUAAAUGCUUUCCUUGAAGGGGACCUAUUAGGCGUAUCUUAUUUGCGCUGCUAGUUAGUUAGUUUCUCUCAGUUGUACCCAAAAAAAAAAAUAAUAAUAAUAAUAAGAAGUUACAUCU